UAAUUAAGCCUGCAAGGGCUUCAUUUCUACUUACUUUUAAGGGGUUUUGUGUGUGAGUGCUUUACCUGAAUACAUGUAUGUGCCUGCAGUGCUCAGGGGGUGUCAGCCGAGAUGGGAAUGGAGGAUCUAAGGCGCACCAUAGAAGGUCUGGCAAGGAAUGUAAUAGCCCCUUCCUCAAGUUAUCUGGGACUAGCAGCAAAGACGAAAGUGAAAGAGAAGAUGCACACAGCAGCCAACAGCCUCUGAACUAGGGUGGGGGUGAAAGCGAAAGUAGGAAGCGUCCGGAAAAACCCCACAGAAGCCAGGACAGACGCCUCUGCUCCCCCUGGCUGAUCCACUCAUCGAGACCCCCGCAUUCUCACUUGGCCUUCCUGCCCCGAGAUGCUGAAGCAGGCAGUGGAACCCAGAGGAGGCUUCUCUUUCGAGAACUGCCAGAGGAAUGCGUCCUUGGAACACGUCUUUCCGGGACUUCGGGUUCCUCAUGCACGCAAGACCGGGACUACCAUCGCGGGGCUUGUGUUCCGAGAUGGAGUCAUCCUGGGAGCGGACACGCGGGCCACUAACGAUUCAGUUGUGGCGGACAAAUGCUGCGAGAAGAUCCACUUCAUCGCCCCUAAAAUCUACUGCUGUGGGGCUGGAGUAGCUGCGGACACUGAGAUGACUACGCGGAUGGCAGCUUCCAAGAUGGAACUACAUGCGCUGUCCACCGGCCGUGAGCCUCGAGUGGCCACGGUCACCCGCAUGCUGCGCCAGACGCUCUUCCGGUACCAAGGCCACGUGGGGGCAUCAUUGGUCGUGGGCGGGGUUGAUUUGAAUGGACCGCAGCUCUACGAGGUGCACCCACAUGGUUCCUACAGCCGUCUGCCCUUUACUGCCCUAGGCUCUGGUCAGGGAGCAGCCAUGGCACUGUUGGAAGACCGGUUCCAGCCAAACAUGACGCUGGAGGCUGCGCAAGAGCUGUUGGUGGAAGCCAUCACAGCAGGAAUCCUGAGUGACCUGGGCUCUGGAGGCAAAGUGGAUGCCUGUGUGAUCACUGCAGGGGGUGCCAAGCUGCUGAGAGCACUGAGCACCCCCACAGAGCCUGUGCAGAGAGCUGGCCAUUACCGAUUUGCUCCUGGAACCACACCUGUCCUGACCCGGGAAGUGAGACCCCUGACCCUGGAACUUCUCGAGGAAACUGUGCAGGCCAUGGAGGUGGAAUGAAGUGGCCUGAGAUGUAGCGUAUGGAACGAGGGUGAAUAAAUCCGGGAAACACAAACACUUAAA